GUCACGUCUAGUCGUCUACUCUACAAUGUGGUUGAGAUUUUCUAGGUUUUAUUCUUCAGUUUCCUCUAGUCCUCUGGCUGUCCUCCGUAAGAAGACAGGCUAUCAGCUCUCAAAAUGCAAGGAGGCUUUGUCUCUUCACAACAAUGACCUCUCUCUGGCUGAAGAAUGGCUCAAAGAACAAGCAAGGAAAGAAGGAUGGAUAAAGGCUGACCUACCACGUGCUACCACUCAAGGAGUUAUAGCUGCUUGUGUGGAUGGUAAUGCAGCAACAAUGCUAGAAGUGAACUGUGAAACUGAUUUUGUGGCUAGAAAUCAAAAUUUCCUUCAAUACGUGUCAGAGGCUGCCAGAGCUACAGCCGAUCAUUUAAUGUGCAACCCACCAUCAGACCCUCAGCAACACCUCAAACCAGAGGAUCUAGCCUCGUUCAGAGGCCCUGGAGGGAAUUUACUUGGUGACAUGACGGCCGAAAAAAUAGGACUACUCGGCGAGAAGAUAAACCUGACACGUGGCUACCACAUGAGACUAGACGGAGGGAGAAAGGAGGAAGGUUUCAUAUCAUCGUACGUGUACAAUGGACUAUAUGUAUCUGGUGUUGGUAUGGGUAGAUAUGGUUGUAUUGUACACCUCAUUAAUAAACCACAACCAGUGACAUGGAAUACUGAAGAGAGUACUAGUAAUGGAUCGAACACUGACUUAGAUGAUAAUGAAAAUGGAGUUAAUGCUAGUUUUACUUUAAAGGCUGAUAAAGAUAAUGUGGCUCCUUUGUCAUCAGCUUCUCUUGGUGAUCAGCUAGCUCAGCAUAUUGUCGGGUGCAACCCACGUCUCAUUGGAGGGGGAGGAGAGGAGGAUCUACUCACUCAAAGGUUUUUGUUUGACGGUAGUGUGCCAGUGGGGGAGUGGCUGAGGUCUCAUGGACUCUCUGUUGGGAGCUUUGUUCGUUUUGGAGUGGGAGACACCAACCAGUGAUUAUACUCUUAUUUAUUACAAAAAAAAACAAAAUUGUUAUACCUAAAAUUAAAAUUGUAUAAAAAUGAUUAACAUU